AUGUCGCAAGCGCCCUUCGCGACAUUCUCGGGGACCGGGGCCGAGGUCCACGCGAGCUCGACGGCGCCUUCGGCAGCGCCCACUGCGAAACUGCGUAGCUGUGUGACUUGCAGAAGCCGAAAGGUUCGCUGUGACAAGCGAUCGCCUUGCUCUAAUUGUCGCCGAGCCAAUAUUGCCUGUAUCGUACCGUCGACAGAUCGCCCGCCAAGAUGGGCGCGUCGCCUCAACAAUGCAGUUCCGGCCACCGAUCCCCAAGUUGGGCAAGUCAUGGAGAGACUGCAGACACUUGAGAGUCUAGUUAAGGAACUCACAAGCCAGCUAGAGCAGGCCCAAGAAGAAAUUGCAUAUUCCGGCUCGUCCGAAGCAAACCGUGGCCGAGAAGCCGGGGAGAGCCUUUCUCCGCCGACAAGCGAAGACAAUGUUCAAACGAAGUUUGGCCGGCUCGUUCUCCAGGACUCAAACAAGAGUCGUUAUAUAAGUAGCGGUUUUUGGUCGCGUGUUGGCUACGAACUUGAUGAGCUGAAGAUGCAGACGAGCGGCCUUGCUGGUCAAGAUCCCGAUACUUCAGACGAUGAUGUAGCAGCUGAGAAGACUACUGAUCAGGAAACUACGCGGACGCCUUCACAGCGCCACGCCUUUUUCUUCGGCCAUAAUCUGGUCCACUCAGAUAUAAAUUCCACAGACUUUCGCCCGUUACCUUCUCAAAUUCCCUUCUUGUUGGAUAUUUUUUCUGAAAAUGUCAAUAGCCUAUUGCAAAUAGUCCACAUGCCGACUAUAAACCGGAUGGUUCGCGGCCUUCGCGCUAACGAUAUGACUGGCUUCACGCCUGCCAAUGAGGCCUUAAUGUUCUCCAUCUACUACUCGGCAAUAGCCUCUAUGGACACUGAGGACGUCAUGACAAACUUUGGAUUGCCGAAAGCUGACCUCAUUCAUAAAUACCGGCUGGGUUUAGAGCAUGCCCUUGCAAAGGCCGACUUUCUCAACUCCCCCGAUUUGGUUCUAGUACAGGCCUUUACCCUGUUCUUAUUUCUUCUUCGCCUUGAUGAAAGCCCAGGGUUUGUGUGGAUGAUGACAGGACUCGCAAUUAGGAUGGCCCAAUCGAUUGGGUUGCAUCGCGACGGGACCAACUUUCAGAAUCUUAAACCAUAUAACAUCGAAAUGCGACGCAGAGUGUGGUGGGCUGUCUGUAUGCUAGAUAUAAGAGCAUCUGAGAAUCAGGGCACCGAUAUGACUAUCGCCAACGAUUCCUUUGACACCAAACUUCCCCUGAAUAUCAACGAUGAAGACAUCAAGCCAGAUUCUGAGCAGCCUCUCACAGAGCGCGACGGAAUAACUGACAUUUUCUUUGCGCGUCUUUCGUAUGAGACAUGCGACAUUAUGAGGCAAAUGACCACACUUGUUGUGAAAGAUGGGCCAUCAAACCUUGAAAAACAAAGCCAAAUGAUCAAUGAAUUGUAUCAAAUUGUUGAGCGAAACCAAUCGAAAUAUUGGACAGAUUCAACUAGUAUCGCUUUUGAUGUUACAUCUAUUUGCACACGGCUCGUCAUGGCCAAGAUGACCCUUCUCAUCUAUCAUCCAACUCUAUUUUUUUCGCAGAGCGAGAAUGAUUCAGACGAGACUAGGGCCAAGCUGUUUGCGUCGGCUAUCGAGGUGGCUGAAUAUAACCAUAUUUUGAAUUCGGAGCCACGGUAUCGUCAAUGGCGAUGGUGCUACUUGACGUAUACUCAUUGGUAUUCCAUUGUCUACCUUGUCAUUGAGAUUUCGCGGCGACCAUGGUCGCCCACCGUUGAGAGGGCCUGGGUCGCGCUGCACAGCUCCUGGCUAAUACCAUCGAAAUUCUAUACGGAUAAGAACAUGCGAAUAUGGGUUCCCUUGCGCAAACUCAUGUCUAGAGCAAACCAGCAUCGCAAUGCCGAGCUUGAACGCCUAAAGAACAACCCGCAGGCAGCUAAGCAGGCGGAACUAGAAGAUAGGAAGAUUCCCGUACCAUCGAGUCCGGGUCCUUUCCCUACAGGAACUGAUGCGGUUGGCAUAUUCCAGGAUCGUUGGCGGCAGCUUGUUAACAUGUCAGUGUAUCACAAUCGCCCUGAAGCGCCCGACUUUGCACUUUCGAGCGGCAUUACUAUUCAUCCCAAUGCAAGCUCAAUUUCAGGACACAUCAUGCCCACAACCGCACCUAAUACAACCCCCAAAUCCAUAUAUUAUAGCUCGAACGGAAAUUAUGACAACCAAAACCUACUCGCGGCCGAUAUCAUGAAUGCUGAACCUGUUUUGAAUGGGUGUGCGCUGCUGCCUGGAGAGAGUAUAGGAAUAGGAACAUCAAACGCCCAGUUUCCAACUCUGCCCCAGGACUGGUCUUAUGAUCAAACCAUGGGAGAUGGAUUUGUAGCUUGGCCCUUCGUGGAUACCCAUUCGCCUGCGGACCUGGACAGCGACAUCAAUUGGUAUAAUUGGAUCGAAUCUGCCAAGGCGAUGGAAUGGGAAGCAUUGAAUACACUUUCCUAG